GCUGCCCAGGGGGAUGAUGACUCACGCAAAGAGGAAGUUUAACUCCGACAUGAAGCACUACUUCUGGGAAGACCCGCACCUUUUCAGGAUCGGAGCCAACGCGAUCAUUCGUCGCUGUGUCAUGGACUAUGAGAUGGAGAGCAUUCUAUAUCAUUUCCAUGAGGGACCGACUAGCGGGCACCAUGGCGGUAACUGCACGGCGAGGAAGGUACUGCAGUUGGGUUUCUACUGGCCCUCGUCCUUCAAGGAUGUCGGCGCCUUCGCACGCAGGUGCGACCGCUGCCAUAGGUCAGGUAACAUUUCUGCCCAUGAUGAGAUGCCCCAGAAUGUGUUUAUUACCUGUGAAAUUUUUGAUGUAUGGGGUAUCGAUUUCAUGGGCCCGUUUCUUCCAUCUUUCGGUAAUCUGUACAUUCUGGUUUUUGUUGAUUACGUCUCUAGGUGGGCCGAAGCACAGGCUUUGCACACCAAUGAUGCUAUAUGUGCUUGCCAGUUUCUUAAGCAGCUGUUCUCCCGGUUCGGGAUGCCUAGAGCCAUCGUUAGCGGCAGAGGCAUCCAUUUUCAGGGCCAAUUCGAUAAGCUCCUCUCUUGCUAUGUUGUCACUCACAAGGUGUCCGUAGCCUACCACCCCCAAACAAGUGGCCAGACUGAGCUGACGAAUCAGGAGUUUAAGCGCAUAAUUGAGAAGAGGGUGGAUCAAUCUCGCAAGGAUUGCUCCACCAAGCUUGAUGAUGCUCUUUGGGAAUACAAGACUGCCUAUAAGACGCUCAUCGGUACUUUGCCGUAUCGGCAUAUCUAUGAAAAGGCAUGUCAGUUGCCUGUUCAGUUAGAUGAGCACCAGACCUUCUGGGCCCUUGAGCUGUUAAACUUGGAUGUGAGUCUUGCAGAUGUUGAACGCAAGAUGCAGAUGCUGGAGAUGGAGGAAUGGUGCUACCAUGCCUAUGAGAACACCAACUAUACAAGGAGCGAACGAAGCGUCUUCACUACGCUCGAUUAAGGAGCCUGAAGGAGUUUCAGGUUGGCGAUCGAGUUCUUUAAUAUAACUCUCGCCUAAAACUCUUUCCUGGAAAGCUCCGAUCCAAGUGGUCUAGACCGUUUACGGUCACACACGAGUUCCCGUAUGGCACAAUCUUGAUCACCACUCCGUAAACAUCGCCGUUUAAAGUCAAUGGCCAUCGCCUCAAGCUGUAUCUGGGAGGCGAGGUCGAACAUGCGGAGUUGGUGGUUGAACUCACGGACCCUUAGUUCCGUAGGCUGCGUCUAGCUCAAGACGUAAAAGAAAGCGUUUGUGGGGAG